AUAAAUUAUCAUACUAAUUGAAAUUAAGAUUGCAUUAUUGCAAUCGAUUAUAAUUAACAUAUAGCCAUUAUAUGGCACUUAAUGCCUAAUGUACAGCGAAGUCACGAGGUCACGUUGUAGGAAGAUUGUACUCUAUGGAAUCAAGAGCAAAGUGCAAGGUAACUCAUGAUAUAAAUACAAUAACAGCUCGUGUCAAAUAACUGUGCGUACUAUAUGAGUGCGCACAAUCGGUUCCGAUCGUCACCUUAAUACGGUUACUCUGUGAAGUAAGAUAAAUGAAUUAUACUAGUUAAACGGUGAUAUUUUGUAGUAUAAUAAAAAUAGCGAUUCGUAAAACUGAUAUAGUACAAUCAUGAGUUUCUUACAAAAUAUAUCUUAUCAUUGGACACAACAACUCGAUCCACGAGUGGUUAAUCUACCGUUAAUUGCUUCUUCCUAUUCAGUACCACUAAUAGUAUUGGCAUAUCUGUACUUCGUGCUCAGUUAUGGGCCUAAAUUCAUGAAGAAUAGACCACCAUACACAUUGAAAACAUUUAUGAAACUGUAUAAUAUCGUCCAAAUUUUUGCAAAUGCGUGGUUAAUGUAUGAUCAUAUUGACGCUGGUUUAUUCUCAACUAAUUUAAUUUGUCCUGAUUUUGAUUACUCCUACAAUGAUAUUCCAAUGAGGAUAACCAGAUGUUGCUGGUAUUUCUUUCUGCUAAAAAUAUUGGAUUACGCCGACACAGUCGUAUUUGUAUUAAGGAAGAAGAAUAAUCAAGUAUCCGGUUUGCAUUUGUAUCAUCAUGUAUCUACUUUACUUUUGGCGUGGUUUGGUACAAGAUAUUACGCAGUUAUUUCCUUUACACUUCUUACCUUCACUAACUGCUUCGUACAUACGGUAAUGUACACGUAUUACUACUUAGCGGCCUGUGGACCGAAUAUUCAAAAAACUGUCGCACCUGUGAAACGAUGGAUAACUAUACUACAAAUGACACAAUUCGUCGUGCUGGUGUUAUAUGUAUUACACCAAUUUGUAUUAGAUUGCGGAGUUGUAUAUACUUGGGUUAGCCUGCUGUUUAUUGCAAAUUUAAUAAUGAAUUUUUACAUGUUCUAUAAUUUCUAUCAAAGGACAUACAAUAAAGUCAAGAAAACUCACUAGAUUAUGCAACAUAAAUUGCAAGUAUAUUUCUAUACAGCGAAAUAUUCGAUAAUAUUGUUGAAUAUCAAUGUUUCUGUUAUAAACUGUUUCCUCAUUCUUCUAUUAUAUUAUAUUGUUCAACAAAACAUGAUAUGUUUUUUGAGAACAAGAAAACGAAUAACUAUUUCUUUCAAUUUUUUAAAUGCUAUCUUAUUUAUCAAAUUGUUUUAAUAUGUCACAUGUUUUAAGAUAUUUGCAGUUGUAUAAUCAAAAAGGGUCAUUUUUGUACACGCUACUAAAAAAAUAUAGAAAAUACUAAACGCUAAAAAAUUUGGCUAUUUUUGAGUCUCUCUAUAUAAAGCUCAACGAAAAACCACCA